AUGGCGUUCCUGCGGCGACCAGCGACGGCUGGAGGUGCUUCCUGGAAUGAAGUGCUCCGCACAAUGCAGCCAGCGGAGGAUGAGGCCGGCUUUCUGGCAGGGCCAUGGGGCGAGUGCCUGACGGAGGCCACAGCUUGCGAGCACACGGAGGCCAACCUAGGCCAGGCUGGACAGGUGAUCGACUUUCUGGUCAGCUGUGGCCACCGGCGCUUCGAGAAGGCUGCGGACAAGCUGGAGAGGGCAACGCACAAAGCAAUGAAGAAUGGCGGAAUUCACAACUGCCCUCCUUCAGCAAAGGACCCUCAGGCCUGGGGCCCUGCGAGACAACGCCUUCCCCAGGCCAUGCCAGCAAUGCAAGCCGCGGCCACAACACCACCAAGGUCUGGGUAUCCAGUUGCGGGCAGAUUGGGCAGCAACAGAUCGCGCAGCUCUAGCAGCUCCAGCUCCAGUAGCUCCAGUUCCAGCAGUUCAAGCUCGAGCUCGAGUAGUUCACCAGGUCGCCGCCUCGAUCCUGAAACCAAAUCUAUGUGCCGCGGCGCGCCGCCCAGCGGCAGGAUAGAUGAGCUGCUGGAAACGAAUAUUUCCGAGCUCCCUCUCGGUGUGGUUUCAGAGAUUUCGAAGCGAGGUGCCGCCAUCAGCUCGGCGUUGCGCCUGAAGAGCAGCUUUCACUCGACAUGGCUUGUCGACGUCGACCCACCCCUGCAGGACGAGAAGAAGCACGCCCAGGUCAUCGUGCAAAUCUUAGGGUCAGAGGUCGGAGAUGACCCGUUCACCUUCUUCAUCUCUGCCAAACGGAUCGCGCAUGCCAUGCGGCUGGCUCGAAAUACAGGACUUCGCGUUCCUGAUGUUAUUUUCAUUGGGUCCUGUGAGACACCGAUGGGCAAUCUGGAUUUCAUUGUGCAGGAGUUUAUCGUCACGCAAACGAUAGAGGACAUCGUAAAGGCACCUCGUGCAGAGUGGCAUCGUAUGGAAGCUGAGAUCCUGACCAAGCUAAAGACGGUAACCGUUAAGCCUGCUGACGCAUCACCGAUGUUGUGCUUCAAUAGCCUGAACCAGUACUUGCUAUGGCUGCUUGAUUCGGUUCCACCGCGGCUCCCCGCCAUUGCAGAGGCAUUGAACCGAUUCAUGCGUGAGGGUCCACCACGCGAAUCCACCGAUGCCGUCCUCUUGCACCAAGACAUCAACAACGGAAACCUUCUUGCUUCCAAAGUUGGCGAGGUAUGGCAGCUAGAUGCCGUGAUUGAUUGGGAGUCGGCCGUGGUCGGCCCCGCAGAGAUGGCCGAGCGACCUCUGCAGGAGCACUGGCGGAUUGCACUGGCCUUUGGAUCGGUCGUGAAGGGGGCCUGGCUGGCUGGUCAAAUGGCAGAGGGUGACCUGCCUCGUUGUGUGCUGGAGGACAUCAACGAAGAGAGGGAACUGGUCGAAGAAUACACGAAGUCUGCAAGACAGUUGCACCAUCGGAACAAGCUGACCUUCCAGCCCUGGGCGAAUCUGGUUCGGCAAUGCUCUGUGAGACCGUGA